AUGCUUCGUGAAACUAUCUUGAUUUUCCUAUUCCUGUUGUACUUCGGUUAUGCAGAUCCUGCUCCGAAAUGCGCCCGGGGCAGUUCUUUUGUCGAUUUCGAAUCCGACUUUGUUAUGGUUCAGCAUCAGCUCAGAGGCCACAUCAAGAUCAUUGAUGAUUGUUCUUUUAGGGUUUCACAAUUUGAUAUGCUCUCCGGCGUCGAUGUGCGUCUGUGGAGUGCACUCGCUCCUGAUUUCGAUAACCUCACCACCGGAUUCGUCGUUUCAGAUUACAAGCUUAAUCAGACGUACGCGAAUUUCACCUUUGUUGUUCAAUUGAUGGAGAAUAUCACGUGGGAUAUGAUUCCUGUUCUUGCUGUUUGGGAUGUUCCGACUGCAUCCGAUUUUGGUCAUGUUCUGAUUCAGAAUCUCACCUCUACGGAGACGCCCGGGAGCGACGGAGAAAAGAAAGAGAAUGUUAGUGUUCAUACAGAGCCGACUAUGUUUGAUAAUUGUAAGGUUAUGUCGAAGGAGUUCAGGGUUCGUUGGAGUUUGAAACCGGAAGAGGAUAUGGUUGAGAUUGGGUUGGAGGGUGCUACCGGUGUUAUGAAUUACAUGGCUUUUGGUUGGGCUAACCCUAAUGCCACUGAUGCAGAGCUCAUGGUUGGGGCUGAUGUGGCAGUUACUGGGUUUAAGGAAGAUGGUUUGCCAUUUGUGGAUGAUUUCUUCAUCACCAAGUAUAGUGAGUGUUUGAAAAACAGUGAAGAUGGAAGUGUUGAAGGGGUUUGUCCUGAUUCAAUCUAUGAAGGGCCUAAUAGAGUUGGCUUGGUGAAUGAUACAAGGUUGAUUUAUGGUCAUAGGAGUGAUGGGGUUUCCUUGGUUAGAUACAAGAGACCUUUGAGUCCGGUUGAUGCCAAAUAUGAUCUCCGUGUUGAUCGAUUUGCUAACAUGACUGUUAUUUGGGCUUUGGGAAAGAUUAGAGCUCCUGAUACUGUUUUGCCGUAUUAUCUUCCGCAGAAUCAUGGGGGUCUUCCGUUUGAAUCUUUUGGCCAUUUGGUUCUCAAUGUUUCUCAGCAUGUCAAUGAUUGUGAAGGUCCCUUGGAUGCUGCUGAUAAAGAGGAUCAAGAUAUCAUCAUUGCUGAUGCGAAAGUUCCUUUGGUUGUUUCAACUGGCCCGGCAGUGCAUUACCCUGACCCUCCAAAUCCACCCAAGGUUAUUUACAUCAACAAGAAGGAAGCUCCUGUGUUGAGAGUUGAAAGAGGGGUGCCGGUCACGUUUUCCAUACAGUCCGGGCAUGAUGUUGCGCUUUAUGUUACUUCGGACCCCAUUGGGGGGAAUGCCACUCUGAGGAAUCUGACCGAGACUAUUUAUGCUGGAGGUCCUGAUGCUCAUGGAGUUCAGGCCAGUCCCACGGAGCUAAUCUGGGCUCCUGACAGGAACACUCCCGAUCAGGUCUACUAUCAUUCAGUGUAUGAGAAGAAAAUGGGUUGGAGAGUAGAGGUUGUGGAUGGGGGUCUAUCUGACAUGUAUAACAACAGUGUUGUUCUUGAUGAUCAACAGGUUACCUUCUUUUGGACACUGUCAAAGGAUUCAAUAUCUAUUGCAGCUCGCGGUGAGAAAAAGAGUGGUUAUCUUGCUAUAGGAUUUGGCAGUGGAAUGGUAAACAGUUACACUUAUGUGGGAUGGGUUGAUGACAAUGGUGUUGGUCGUGUUAACACUUAUUGGAUUGAUGGACAGGAUGCCUCAGGUAUACAUCUUACAAAUGAGAAUUUGACACAUGUGAGAUGCAAAACAGAAAACGGCCUUAUUACUUUGGAAUUUACGCGUCCCUUGGUUCCAUCUUGUAGUAGGGGCAAGAGACCAGAAUGUAACGACAUCAUUGAUCCCACAACCCCACUUAAAGUCAUAUGGGCAAUGGGUAGUAGAUGGAGUAAUGGACAUCUUAGUGAGAGGAAUAUGCAUACGCUUACUAGUACCAGGCCUAUAUUAGUUCAACUGAUGCGUGGUUCUGCAGAAGCAGAGCAGGAUUUACUUCCAGUUUUGGCUGUGCACGGUUUCAUGAUGUUUCUUGCAUGGGGCAUCUUGCUUCCAGGAGGUAUAUUGGCGGCCAGGUACUUGAAACAUUUGAAGGGCGGUGGUUGGUACAAAAUUCAUGUUUACAUGCAAUACUCAGGGUUAUCAAUAGUUUUUCUUGCACUUCUUUUUGCGGUUGCUGAGCUUCGCGGUUUUCAUGUUAGCUCAACACAUGUUAAAUUUGGAAUUGCUGCAAUAUUUUUGGCUUGCAUACAACCAGUUAAUGCAUUCCUUAGGCCCCCAAGACAGUCAAAUGGGGAGCAGGCAUCAUAUAAAAGGAUUAUCUGGGAAUACUUGCAUAUAAUUGUUGGCAGAUCUGCAAUUGUCGUUGGUAUUGCAGCACUUUUUACUGGCAUGAAGCAUUUGGGAGACAGAUAUGCUUUGGAAAACGUCCAUGGACUCAGUUGGGCAAUGAUAAUUUGGUUCUUAGUAGGUGCAUUGAGUAUUGCUUAUUUUGAAUACCGCGAGAAGCAGAGAGUCAGAGAUCAGAUAUUUGGAAGAGGCAAUUGGGUGCUCGGUAAUGAGGAAGAUGAUUCCAUGGAUCUCUUGAGUCCACAAAAUAUACAUGCAACAAAUAAAGAGUCACAAGCCACCGCAAGAUUGGAAAUCCAGUUAGAACCUUUAAACAGGUAG